CAAGUGCAAAGCUCGGAAAGGAUUUGGUGAAUUAAAUGGCGAGUUUUUCAUGGGUCUCGAAGAGAUUCAUUUACUGACCACAUCGCAACCUCACGAGCUGUAUAUUUUACUUGUGGACUUUGCGAAUGGAGAACGAUAUGCCAGAUACAGUGACUUUUCUAUUGGCAGCGAGGAGGAAUCCUACGAGUUGAAGGAACUUGGAUCAUACUCUGGAAAUGCUGGAGAUGCUCUGCGCAGUCAUGAACUCACACAAUUCUCCACUCCAGAUAGGGAUAAUGAUCUGGACGAAGAUAGUUGUGCUGAGAAUUUCAGGUCUGGUUGGUGGUUUGCUAAGUGCUAUGAAUGCAAUCUUAAUGGAGAAUACACUAAAGCGGACCCUCGAAGUGAUGAUCUUCAGGGUAUUGACUGGAGAACUUGGAAACACAAGCCAUUGAAAUUCAGUCAAAUGAUGAUAAGGUCAAAGACAAAAAUUAACAAGAGUCAAAUUCUGCUAUGACGUUUUGAUUUCUCACCAAGGAUUAUAAGAAGCUAAACGUGUUUUUUUUUAAUGUAAAAUAAAUAUAUUUUUCAUUUACCAUGGAUCACGAUAAAUUGUAUAGAAAUAGGUGUGAAAGUUUUGUAUCCCUUUUUUUGAUCAGAUUCCUAAAGAUUAUAAUUAUUAACAAAAAGGCGCGUUUCGAGUUUUACAAUUCUAUUUAAUGUAUUAUAUUGCUCGAUCAAGCAAGUAAAAAUAUGAGCUGCUUACAUGCAAAUAUCGAUAGCUUGUAAGAUUCAGCUAUAUUUCCAAAACAAUAGUUUUUAAAAAUAAAUGUUAUACGAUUAAUUGGUGUAAUAAUAAGUAAUUUUAUUUCUUCAUUCUUACUAUUGAUUGAGAAAAG